GGCAUUCUAGGCUAUCUUAAUUUUGAGUAUGAUUUCUAUUUUAUUAUUUUCAAACAAAAAUGUUUUAAAAAGUUUGGUUAAAGUGAAAAGAAAAUUAUUGAGUUAGAUUUGAAUUAAAGUAAUUGGAUUUUAGUAUUAGGCUAAAAUUAAGAAUGAGUAAUGGAGGAAAUGAGGGAAAUUCUGAUUUCUGCUGUUGCGUCUGUUCGGUGGAGCAGGAGAAGAAUGGCAGCGGUAAAGGAGAUGAGGAGGAGGAGGAGGGCAACGAAGAAGGAGGAGUUUUGCUUUGCUGUUUUUGUUCAGUGAAGGACGAGGAAAAUUCUGAUUUUGCUGCUGCUUCUGUUCCGUGGAGCAGGAGAAGAAGGGCAGCGGCAAAGGAGAUGAGGAGGAGAAGGAGUGCAGUGGCAGAGGAGAUGAUCUGUUCUGUAACUUCAGUUUAGCUUUGUUGCUUUAGUUCAGUGAAGGAAGGAGAAGCCUAGAAGGAGCUGAUCGGCGGAGGAGAUGAGGAGGAGCUGCUUGGCGGAGGAGAUGAGGCAGACUAUCUGUUCUGUUUCGCUUUGCUGCUUCUGUCCUGUCCAGUGGAGUACGGAGAGGAAGGUGAACGGUGAAGUGGUGCUCGGUGGUUGCUCUGUUCUGCACUUCUGUUUCUGCUUUCUUCUAUUCUAGAUCUGGACUUCUGGUUCUGGGUUUUGCAAUUUGCAGAGUUUCCUUUGUUAAUUUGUUAUUUUGUUUCCCACUUUCGCAAUGGUCUCAGGGUUUUUCUUAUGAUCUUCUAAUUUUUAAUUCAAGUGUUUGGUUUUUUUAUUGUAAUAACAUUUAAAAAGAUGG